AUGAUAAAAUGGAUGAUUAAGAGAAUGAUUCGAUGGAGGAUACUGCCAGCUGACUAUACUCCCAACAGUUGUAUCAUCAACAUAUACGAUGAAGGUGACAUCAUACACUCGCACAUUGACCAUAAUGACUUUGUGAGACCUUCCUACACGUUCUCUUCCAUGAGUAAGAGCAACAUUCUAUUUGGAAAAAAGGUAGAUGUCAUUGCCUCCGAUGAAUUCAAAGGAACCGUGGAGAUUCCGCUACCCAUAGGUUCAGUGCUGGUUCUUAAAGGAAACAGAGCAGAUGCCGCUAAACAUUACAUUCUAGGGGUGUGA